GUGAGAAGGGAUCUGUCCCAACGUCGUGGACACGCUGCCGGCAGUAGAAACUGCGUUCUCUCAAUGCCGUGUGUGGUUUUUUUCCCUUUCCCGUCGAUGGGAACGAGCGCGGUUGCAAAGUGAAACGCGUUUCUGAAGCCGCUGCGAGUGUUUUCACUAGCGAGGGUUUUGGCAGCGGCCACGGGUGCUUCUGUGCGCCAAAGCGAGUCGGUUGGGACUUCACCUGCAAGCCGAGUGAACGCGAGACGUGGCCCGUCUGCCCAGCGUCGAAAGUUAAAACACUCCCAGCGUUGAUCUGUCUGCGGUAAGACGGGAGUAACGUUUGAUCAGCAGUCGUUCUUACGGACGUGUAAUUUUGCACAUCUGUAAACCGAGGUAGCUUUGUUUCCGCGGAUAUGUAAUUCGUUAAUUCUCCUGCGCAGAAGAAUUGUAAAAAAAAAAAAUUUUAGAUGAGGCAUUUUUAAGUUUGGGUACAUUCUCCGUGGAACCGGGCCAGCGCGUCACGCUCGCAGAAUGCACGGCGACCGCUGGGGCACGCGCAAGCCGCCCGGCACGCGGACAAGCGCCGCGAUGAGGAAAGUGCAGACCCUUCUCGGGUGGCUCCGCAAAAACCACUCGACGAAAAGCAAAAAAUGCGCCGCGGACGGCGCCUCCGACGAGGCUUACUCUCUGAAACGCCUCUCCGAAGAGUGUCCAGAUGACGCCGUGCUCGAGGAAGGUGGGGGUCGGGUAGCGGGCUCGACGGCCCUCGCCAGGGAUGGCCCAGCGGCCCCACAGAGGCACGGCAUCUCCGACGAACAUCUGGGUUCCACCCUGGUGGAGCUCAUCAAGAAGGAAGGCUCCACCCUGGGCAUCACGGUGUCCGGAGGGGUUGACAAAGAAGGGCGGCCUCGGAUCUCCAGCCUGCGACCUGGAGGAAUUGCCAUCCGGAGCGACCAGCUGAACGUGGGGGAUUACAUCCGCUCCGUGAACGGCAUCAACCUGCAGCGGCUGCGGCACGAGGAGAUCGUGAGUCUCCUGAAGAACGUGGGCGACCGCGUGGCGCUGGACGUCGAGUACGAGCUGCCGCCAGUCGCUGUGGACAGCACUGCAGUGAUCCCCAAGCUGAUCGAAAUAACCUUGAACAAAGAGGGGAACAGCUUCGGCUUCGUUUGCAGAGGGGGCGCACAUGCUGACAGAAGCAAGUCCAGGCCUGUAGUGGUGACGCACGUACGACCCGGAGGGCCCGCUGACAGGGAGGGCACUCUGAAGGCCGGAGAUCGCCUGCUCACUGUGGAUGGAAUCCGGCUGCACGGGCUCACUCACGCCGAGGCCACCGCUGUGUUGAAGCAAAGCGGACAGGAGGCCCUCGUGCAGAUAGAGUAUGACGUCUCCAUCAUGGAAUCUGUGAUGAACGCGUCGGGGCCUCUGCUGGUGGAGGUGGCCAAGACGCCGGGUGCCAGCCUGGGCCUGAUGCUCACCUCGACCCUGAGCCACGGCAAGCAAUCCAUCGUCAUCGACCGCAUCCGUGCAGCCAGCAUCGCGGAGAGGUGCGGAGCGCUGCAUGUGGGCGACCAGCUCCUGUCCAUCGACGGCACGGGCAUGGAGCACUGCACGUUCCAGGAGGCCCACCAGCUUCUGGCGAACACCUCGGAGAGCGUUAAGUUGGAAAUUCUGCCGGUCCACCAGACUCGCGUUUCCAUCAGGGGCUCUGAUCACGUGGCCACGGUGAGUAGGGGUAAGACCCUGGCUUUGUGUGAAGCUCCUGUGGGCUCUUUCUCUCCUCCCUGGCCUGCGGUUCUCCAUUCUUCUGCAAGACGCCCGCCGAUUCCUCCCCGUCAGGACCACCCCGCACUGGUGUCCGCCUCGUUCUCCCCGACCUCACUGCGCGCCCACACUUGCAGCCUGAGCUCGCUGCACGUCGCCACGCUCCCCCGGGGGGGGCUCUACCCGCCGCCCAUGAGCCCCCGGGGAACCCUCGCUCGCAGCCGGAUGAAGAAGAAAGACUUCAAGAGCUCCCUCUCCAUCGCAUCGAGCACGCUGGGUCUCAACGGGCAGGUGGUCCACACGGACACGACGGAGGUGGUUCUACUCGGUGACCCCAUGUCGGGCUUUGGCCUGCAACUCCAGGGAGGCGUCUUCUCCACGGAGCUGCUUUGCUCCCCACCCCUGGUCGGCUUCAUCGAGCCCGACAGCCCGGCCGAGAGGUGCGGCCUCCUCCAGGUGGGCGAUCGCGUCCUGUCCAUCAACGGCAUCUCCACGGAGGACGGCUCGCUGGAGGAAGCGUCGCAGCUUCUCCGAGACUCGGCCUUCGCCGGCCGAGUCUCCGUCGAGAUAGAGUUCGACGUCGCAGAAUCCGUGGUCCCCAGUAGCGGCAUCUUCCACGUGAAGCUCCCGAAGAAGAGGGGUGUGGAGCUUGGAAUAACGAUCAGCUCUACGUCACGACGCAGUUUCGGGGAGCCGCUGGUCAUCACGGACAUCAGGAAGGGCAGCGUGGCGCACAGGAUCGGAACGCUGGAACCCGGGGACCGACUGCUCGCCAUCGACCAGGUCCACUUGGAGAACGCGUCGAUGGCCGACGCGGCGCAGGUGCUGAGGCAGAGCGAGGACCUGGUGAAGCUGAAGAUCCGCAAGGAUGACGACGGAGCCAACGAUGAGGGAGGAGCGAUCAGCUACACCGUGGAACUGAAGCGCUACGGGGGUCCCCUGGGCAUCACCAUCUCCGGCACCGAGGAACCCCUCGACCCUAUCACCAUAUCUGGCCUCACGCCCAGUGGACUUGCAGAAAGGACUGGCGCCAUCCACGUGGGAGACCAGAUCCUGGCCAUAAACAACGUGAGCCUCAAAGCGAAGGGGCUGGCUGAAGCCAUCCAGCUGCUGCAAAGGUCCAGCGAAACGGUCGCGCUAAAGAUAAAAAAACCCACUCAACAACGGACGCGCGACGCUCCGAAGCUUGCCGUCAAGUUGAGCGAGCCGGCGGACGAGCUGGCCGACAUGAGGACACUGGGCAAGCUGUCCGACGCGUUUUCCGCCGCGACCGUGCCCAGCGUGGACGGCACCGCUGACUCGUGGGACAGCUCAGGCGUAGAGACGGCCUACAGCAGCCACGGCCCGCCGCAGUACCAAGUACAAGGGGGGCUGUCUCUUCUGCCGUGCGUGUGGCGUGCGCGGCAAGCAGGUACCGCGUACACGGGAGACCACGCCUACCCCCCCAGCGACAUUGGCACCGGCGACGAUGACUGGGACAAGCCCACGGCCAUAAACGCUGGGAGUCAGAACUUCCUCAGCCUGGACGACGGCUGCUACUGGAGAAAGCCUCUGCGGGACAUGGGAUCUCGCCAUCUUCCCCGAGCAAUGAAUGACCUGGAGACGAACCUGCUGCACUCCACCAGCACCUCGAGCCUUCACAGCAGCACGCUGCUGGAAGCGUCCAUGCAGAGGCAUGGCCACACUUGUCGGAGGAGCAGCAAGCCCCCCAUUGGAACAGUUCCCAAGCGCAGCUACAGCCUGCCACGCAACACCCAGGACAGGCAGCCAACGAGAGAGAAGACGGAUGACAUGUCCUCUGCUUCGAUGCAACUCCACAAGUUGAUGCUUUACAAGGACAGAGACGGUGAAGACUUUGGCUUCAGCCUCUCAGAUGGGCUGCUGGAGAAGGGCGUCUUUGUCAGCGCGGUGAGGCAAGGGGGCCCGGCCUCCAUCGGAGGGCUCCAGCAGUACGACCGCAUUCUUCAGGUGAACCAGAUGCACACACGCAACGCCGACUGCUGCCUGGUGGUUCCUCUUGUAGCUGCGUCGGACGAUUGCCUGCAGCUCUUGGUUGGACGUACAUUUUCAAACCCCGAAGAGCACUGCGACAUGAACCCUACUCGCCCUGAUCCUGUCCAUCAGAGUCCGUGGAUGGGUAGGACUUCGAGAGACAGCGAGCGUCGAACAUUGCAAGAAAGCAACGUGAAGACGCUGUGACGUUAGCCGCGACAUCGGAGUUCCCGGAAGGACAAAAAACGAGCUGUGAAGUUGUUGGUUUCGUGUAUAAUUUCAAAGUGUAUUUAUAUAAAUAUCAACACUGAAGUUAAGUGGUGCUUAAUGGCAGCAUAACGUUUUACAUAUAUUUAGAUUUUUUUUCUCCCAACCGUGUUUCUCUUUGUUCUUGCGGCGUUUUCCCAUGAGAAGACUCACAUUUCAUUUGGCUAAAUGAUAGCUAUCAAAGAUUGUACGUGGUUCGUUUUUUUUUAUUCUUUCUCAGCAUUCAUCGUAUUCCUUUAUCCACAGCGGAAUGGAGUGGAAUGAGGUCCGCUACAAAAAAGGGGUUCAGAACUUGAUGUUUUGCUAUUCUCAUUGAUGAAGGUUUUCACGUUAGAUAGGCUCUACGUUUCACACAUGUGCGUAGUCUGCAGAAGCUUUAAAGGAGCGGGCGAGAUGUGUAAGUUUUCGAAUUUUCGACUUUAGAAAAUGUGAACCAUUGCGACGGCACACGAUGGCCUAUUUGUGGAAUAAUGUAACGGGAUAUUUUAACGUCCACUGCGCGGCGGACGCUGCCUGUCCCGUAAUGGUUAAUACGCUCGCGGGAUUAUUAACCGGGGUGUCCGCCAGGUUCGAACCGCAAUUGGCCUGCAGUGAAAACCCUCUCCAAAACCUCUCAUAUACGGUGCCUUUGUAAUUUCGUCCCGCGCCUUUACACAUCUUGAAAGUGGUCCAAAAGUGUUUGUUGAUAUGUGUAGAUGCUAGGAUAAUGCAUUUCUCAAAUCAAAAGCAAGCAUACAUUUUCUUCAAAUCAAUUCCAAGUUCAUUAUUUCCCGCGUUUGUGAUGUGGAAAAGUUCCUGUUUGAAGAUGUCAGAAUAGACAUUGAAAAGUCCCUGGUCUGAUAAACCUCCAAUGAGCACAUAACAUACAUACAUAAAAAGUAAGCAUACAUUUUCCUUUAAGCAGAAGAUUAACUAAAGGCCCGAUUGAGCCAUUUGAAACAUUGCCUCUUUUCAAGAGCUACCUGGGUGCUACUACAGAGUCAAUUUCAAGUCGGGUCAAAGACUCUGCAGAAUAUAUAACGCCGAUUUAUUGUGACCUGGAAACACAUUUUACAGCACAAUUAUGAGAGAAAAAGCAUGUCGAUGAUUGGAUCUGGCAGUUGUUGCGGCAUGCGGAGUGAUAAAACACGUGCAGAGUGGGAUAAUACGAUUUCACUUGAUGACUGUAUUCUCUGGAUAAUUAUAAGGCGCUUGAUGAAAGUAAGUCACACUCCAAACUUGUGCCCGAUGUCAAUGAACUCAAGCAAAUGUGGUUGCGUGCACAUACACCUGCUGAAUCAUAAGAACCACCCUCAAACUUUAAUAUAAAUUGGGGGAAAGAAGUGUCUUAUAAUCUGGAGGAUAUGGUAAUAUAUGGCGAGGACAAGAAGUUUGUCGAUCUAUUUGAGCAAGAGUGACAGCGAUUGUCAUUGCCAAUAAUAUUCCUGCUGCAUUGCGUAAAUUUUUAUAGCUUUGGCGAACGCACUUUGGUAUUGCAGUUUUGUACUCUUGCUUGAUUUUGACACUUUUUUUUUACACUUUGUUUUGAAGAUCCCUCACUCUUUUUAUAUCUCACGGACACUCGGCAAAAGAUAUUUUUCCUGACGGAUUGCGCUUGUGCCCAAAGCAUCGUGUACAGCCAGCGCAACAGGACUCGUAGUGAUCUGGUAGAGCUCCCUUCUAUUGGAGGUCGUGUCACCAGCAGUUGCUUGAGCAAGAAAUUGGAAGGCUUGUACCUCUUACCUUUAAUUAAAACAAAACAAAUUUUCGUAGUGCAUAAUAAUUGACAACGCGGUACAUUUUUAUCGCUGUUGAUAAGUUUGAAAUUCAGUUUUUUAUUUUUGUCCGAAGUACAGUAAUGCACUUAUUGGUGUGUUGUUGGUGAUCUCAUGAAGGCUCUUUGAUCUCUUGAUGAAAAUGUAUUGGCACUACAGUGGCCGCGCACGUCAAUUUGUAUAAAGUCUCACACUGAUGGCUGUCUCCAUCUUACGCUUUGCGGUUGCUUUUAGAUUUUUGUUGUUUGCCUCUUGAAUUUGCGUAAAAUGUUCGGUGAGUUUCUUCGUUGUCCUUAAAAAUGUUUUGGGUAUAAAAGGGUCCGGUGUCACCGUAUUCUCCAGCUAGUAAGAUGCUCCAGAAAGUAAGACGCACCUACAAAGUUGUGCAACCCCGUAUCCGUAACGUUAGACAGAUCUAGUAACACAAACACCUGCUGCAGUUACUUUUUGCUUUAAAAUACAAGGAAGGAUGGAGGGGGUGGGGAGAGCGUGUCUUAUAUGCUGGAGAAAUACAACACACGUGCAAAUUCACUGAGUUCAUCGCUGUUGUCGAGUGGCCACGUUAUCCCUUUGUGCACUUGUGUGGGGAGCAGAGAAUGUUUUGAGGAGUCACUGAACAACACACAAAAGCCACCAACGUGAGAGAUGUCAUUCACCAUCAGUGUUGGUUACACAAACGUGUAAACGAUAUGAUAUGCCAUCGCAGGAUAGUGAGCAGUGGUGAAAAACUUAAUCCUGUCGUGAAUUAACCAUGGCUGACGAUUCCUUUAUAGUCCGGCCGUUUGAAUGUCCUCGUUUGUAUGAUACUGUAAUGGCUUGCAUAUCCCUCCUUUGAGUAAUGUACAUACAUUGAUGAUAUGGGGUUAUAUACUGCGUUACAAAGUCCGUGCGAGGUGUGUGAAUCUCAUUGAUUUGUGCGGUGAUCUGAGUUAAAGUUCCUGGCCAGUGGCGAGUGAUACCUGAGUUUGGCCUUGUUGGGCCCCUUUGGCACCAACCACCACUGAUCAGUGAUGGGUGAAGUUUCGAUCAAAUGACUCUCAGGACAUUGGUGUGGCCGAGACCGUAGGAACAUGUUAAAGUCUUCCAAUUUCUGUACUACGAUGCCAUAACAAUUCAGAUGUUAUUAGGCUUGUGCCUUAUUCUCUGGCCAAUAAGAUGCACUUUUUUCCCUGGUAUUUUAAACAAAACCUUGGGAUAGGGUGUCUUAUAAUCCAAUAGGUAUAUAUGUGUGUGUGUGAUACCAUAUUUGUAUAAUUAUAUUGAUACUGAAGACUUGUUUGGGGUAUGUUUUAACUUUCGAGAGGGUCUUAUAAUCUGGAAAAUAUGGUACCAUGCAGUUUUUGAAGUUAACUUUUGCAUUGUGGCGGUCUAUUUUGUAAAGGGAUAUAGUUGGAAGUUGUGUAGAGUCGGCACACCUACUGUACUUGUAAAUGCCACCCUCGAGAUAUAAAUAAAGCAUAUAUUUCAAUGAAAAUCAAAAAAAAUGUUUUGAUGGACUGCAUCCCCGGAAACACAUAACUCUGUGUAAAAUUAUACGAUUGAUCGUGUUAACAUUCUUACCAUACCUGCAGUGUGCACUACAACUACUACAGCUCUUACCGUCUCAAGUGAAUACGUCAAUGUACGCGGCAAUUAACUGAAAAUCGGCUAUUUUACUCCGCGAAUCAGCUUGAUUCAUAGCUGUCUUUACAUUUUAAUGUAAAACAAUAAAAAUGUACAUGUU